AUGUUCAAGACAGGAUUAUCCAACUUAUUGCCUGGUUUAAAGAGUAAAUCUUCAACUAAUGGACAUAAUUUUAUAAAUGGAUCGAUAUCUUCAAUAUUUAAAGGUUCGGUUUCUUCAAUUUCUUCAUCAUCAAACAACAAUUCUAUAAUAUUUCCAUCAUCAUAUUCAAGCAAAAGAUCAUUAGCUACAGUAUCAAGAAAUAGUAAUGUUCCUGUGAAGAAAUCUAUGCAAAAUACUGUUUUAUGGAAAUUGUAUGGUACCUUCAAUAGACACAAUACUUUAUUGACAUUCGUUGCAGUAGUUGAUGAUCCAAACUUUUUAAAUAAGAACCCAAAUUUACCAUAUACUGAACAAGUUUUACAUUACUUACAAUUACCACAUCAUCCACAAAUCCAUGUAAGUGCUGGACAAUUAGGAUUUAAGAAAUCACAAAGAUCUGAAUAUGAAGCCGGUUAUCAAGUUUCAUCAAGAAUGUUCAAAUUAAUUGAAGAACAAAAUUUAUUGAAUAAUAAUUUAAAAGUCGAAUUAGUCUUAAAGAAUUACGGUAAAGGUAGAGAAGCAUUUUUGAAUGCUUUACAAGGUAAAGAAGGUUCAUAUUUAAAAAAUCAUAUCAUUAGAAUUAGUGACGCUACUAAAUUGAAAUUCGGUGGUACUAGAUCUAAAAAAUUACGUCGUUUAUAG